AUUACACUGAGUAUAGGUCACCUACACCCUGUGGCUUCCCCUGGAGAAGGUGAAAAGCCUCCCGUUGCACCAGGUCUCCGAUGUACAGCGAUGGGAGAAUGGACUAUAUUAGAAAGACUUCUGGAGGCUGCUGUGCAACAGCACAGUACUAUGAUAGGAAGGAUUCUGCUGACCGUGGUUGUCAUCUUUAGAAUACUCAUUGUUGCCAUCGUAGGAGAGACUGUUUAUGAUGAUGAGCAGACCAUGUUUGUUUGCAAUACACUCCAACCGGGGUGCAACCAGGCGUGCUAUGACAGGGCUUUUCCAAUCUCUCAUAUCAGAUACUGGGUGUUCCAGAUCAUUAUGGUCUGCACUCCAAGCUUGUGCUUUAUCACUUAUUCUGUGCACCAGUCUGCUAAACAGAGGGAAAGGAGGUAUUCCACUGUUAAUGGUGUCCUUCAAAACACAGAAAAUUCUACCAAGGAGGCUGAACCAGAUUGCUUGGAGAUCAAGGAAAUUCCCAACCCCUCAAUAAGAACCACAAAAUCCAAAAUGAGGCGUCAAGAAGGAAUCUCUAGGUUUUAUAUAAUUCAAGUGGUCUUCAGAAAUGCCCUGGAGAUUGGCUUUCUUGUAGGACAAUACUUCCUAUACGGGUUUAAUGUGCCCUCUCAGUAUGAGUGUGACAGGUAUCCAUGCAUCAAAGAGGUGGAAUGUUAUGUUUCCAGACCCACAGAAAAGACGGUGUUCCUUGUUUUUAUGUUUGCAGUCAGUGGCCUCUGCGUUGUUCUUAACUUGGCAGAGCUAAACCACCUAGGCUGGAGGAAAAUCAAGACGGCAGUCAGAGGUGUACAGGCCAAGAGGAAAUCCAUUUAUGAAAUUAGAAAUAAAGACUUGCCCAGGAUGGGAGUACCUAAUUUUGGAAGGACUCAGUCUAGUGACUCUGCCUAUGUUUGA